GUGCAGAGACAGAGAGAGCGUGCAUGUGAGUGACACCGAGCACUAUCAUCAGCUCUACCCUGCAGCCGCUCUCAGUCUCUCUAUCCUCUUCCCAAAGAGAGACAGAGGAAGUCACGCAAGUUAAAAGAAUACAAAUACACAGCUUUCCUUUCUCUCGUGCAGCCAGAGGCAGGAGGACAGGAGCUGCGAGACGCACGAGUAAAGCGCAACUUGUCUUUGGCUGCUGCCCACCCAGAGCUUUUUACUCAGCAACAAGCUCAAGAGCGGUGCCGCUCAGUGCGCUCAGCCUGAGGAGGACAGAGGAUGCUAAACAACAUGACGGACUGCGAGGAGGGAGAGGGGGGACCCAACAGCCAGGGAGAUGGGAACCCUAAAGAGAGCAGUCCUUUCAUCAACAGCAGUGCAGCCACUAACAUGGAUAAGAGCCAGCAGUAUGAUGGCAAUAACAUGGCUCUGUUUGAGGAAGAGAUGGAUACCAGUCCCAUGGUUUCCUCUCUGCUCAGCACUCUGGCUAACUACUCCAACCUGCCAACGGGCAGCAAAGAGCACGAAGAGGCUGAGAAUAAUGAGGAGGGGUCACGUCCAUCUAAAAAACCUGUCAAGGCACCUCAGCUGGGCACUCUAAUGGGAGUGUACUUGCCGUGUAUCCAGAAUAUUUUUGGGGUAAUCCUCUUCCUGCGGAUGACAUGGAUGGUUGGGAUUGGAGGCGUCUUUGGCUCGUUUAUAAUCGUCUUCAUGUGUUGUUCUACAACCAUGCUCACAGCCAUCUCCAUGAGUGCCAUUGCGACAAAUGGAGUCGUACCAGCUGGAGGCUCGUAUUACAUGAUCUCUCGCUCUCUGGGGCCCGAGUUUGGCGGUGCUGUCGGGAUCUGCUUCUACUUGGGCACCACUUUUGCGGGUGCUAUGUACAUUCUCGGCUGUAUUGAAAUUCUGCUGAUUUAUAUUGUUCCCCAGGCAGCCAUCUUUAAGAUUGAGGGCCUGGAGGGCCCCGAGGCAGAGGCAGCAUUGCUCAACAACAUGCGAGUGUACGGCACUAUUGUGCUGAGCUUCAUGGCACUGGUGGUGUUUGUGGGGGUCAAAUAUGUCAAUAAGCUGGCACUGGUCUUCCUGGCCUGUGUCAUACUUUCUAUUCUGUCUGUCUAUGCUGGAGUCAUCAAGACUGCCAUUGACCCCCCUGUGUUUCCCGUCUGUCUGCUGGGAAAUCGAACUCUUCUUUCUAAAGGAUAUGAUGUCUGUGCAAAGGUCAUUGAGAUAGACAACGAGACUGUCACCACCAAACUGUGGAGGAGCUUUUGUGAUUCGGAGUACCUCAAUGCCACUUGUGACGAAUACUUCAACAAUAACAAUGUUACAGAGAUACAAGGUAUUCCAGGGGUCACUAGUGGCAUCCUGGCAGAGAACCUGUUUGGUAACUAUCUGGAGAAAGGGAUGUUUCUGGAAAAGCGUGGACUUGUAUCUGACGUGGAUCCAGACAGUCCCACAACGAGCUCAAACCGCUACGUUCUAGCAGAUAUCACCAGCUUCUUCACUCUGCUGGUGGGAAUUUAUUUCCCAUCUGUCACAGGUAUUAUGGCUGGCUCCAACCGCUCCGGAGAUCUGCGUGACGCUCAGAAGUCAAUCCCUAUUGGCACCAUCGCAGCCAUCAGCACCACGUCAACUGUGUACAUGUCCUGUGUGGUGCUGUUUGGUGCUUGUAUAGAAGGAGUCGUCCUAAGAGACAAGUUUGGCGAAGGGGUCAGUGGCAACCUUGUAAUAGGUACGCUAGCAUGGCCGUCCCCGUGGGUUAUUGUAUUUGGCUCCUUCUUCUCCACCUGCGGAGCGGGACUUCAGAGUCUGACAGGAGCUCCCCGUCUCCUCCAGGCCAUCUCAAGGGAUGGCAUCAUCCCCUUCCUUAGAAUCUUUGGGCACGGUAAAGCCAACGGGGAGCCCACGUGGGCACUUCUACUCACAGCUAGCAUCUGUGAGAUUGGCAUCAUCAUUGCCUCUCUGGAUUCAGUCGCACCAAUCCUCUCCAUGUUCUUCUUGAUGUGCUACAUGUUCGUCAAUCUCGCCUGCGCCCUGCAGACGUUGCUGAGGACCCCAAACUGGAGACCGAGAUUUAAGUUCUACCACUGGGCUCUGUCUUUCCUGGGUAUGAGCCUGUGCUUGUCGCUCAUGUUCAUGUGUUCCUGGUAUUAUGCAAUUGUGGCUAUGGGCAUCGCCACCUGCAUCUACAAAUACAUUGAGUUCUGUGGAGCUGAGAAGGAGUGGGGUGAUGGGAUACGUGGGAUCUCGCUCAGCGCUGCUCGCUUUGCUCUGAUGAGGCUGGAGGAGGGACCACCACACACAAAGAACUGGAGGCCUCAGAUCCUGGUCCUAGUGAGUAUGGACGCUGAGCAAAACAUCGAGCAGCCUCGUCUUCUAUCUCUGACCAAUCAGCUAAAAGCUGGGAAGGGUCUGACUAUUGUUGGCACCUGUGUUCAAGGAACCUUCCUUGACAAUUACACUGAAGCUCAUAAGGCAGAUCAGUCGUUGCGUAAGUUGAUGGAGACAGAGAAAGUAAAGGGCUUCACUCAGGUUGUCAUCUCCUCCAACCUCAGAGAUGGAACAUCCCACUUGAUUCAGGUUGGAGGACUUGGAGGUCUGAAGCACAACACGGUGAUGGUCAGCUGGCCCCGUAACUGGAAACAGCCUGAGUGCCACCAGGAAUUUAGGAAUUUCAUUGAGGUGGUUAGAGAGACAACUAUAGCCAGUAUAGCCUUGUUGGUUCCUAAGAAUAUUUCCAGCUAUCCAUCCAAUGGAGAGCGUUUCACUGAAGGCCACAUUGACGUGUGGUGGGUUGUCCACGAUGGAGGCAUGCUAAUGCUUCUGCCUUUCCUCUUGCGCCAGCAUAAGGUGUGGAGGAAGUGCAAGAUGCGUAUUUUCACUGUAGCUCAGAUGGAUGACAACAGCAUCCAGAUGAAGAAAGACCUCAUCACCUUCCUCUAUCACCUGCGCAUUGACGCCGUAGUGGAAGUGGUUGAGAUGCAUGACGGUGACAUCUCAGCCUAUACCUAUGAGAAGACACUGAUAAUGGAGCAGCGAUCACAGAUCCUCAAACAAAUGCAUCUGACCAAGAAUGAAAUGGAGAGAGAGAUCCAGAGCAUUACAGAUUCAUCCCGUGGGUCCAUACGGCGUAAAAAUCCAUCUGCCUUGCGGUCACAGCGAAGCGCUGAGGAGGGAGCUGGUGCAGCAGAAAAACUAGAAGAGGAGCCUGGGGUCGUCUCCAACCCAAAACAGGUGCAGCUGAGCCACAGUAAGAAUGUCUCCACACCAACCAGCCCCACAAGCCCCACGUCCCCUGCUGCGCCUGCAGGUGGUGCUGUCGCCUGGCCCGACAACAAGGGUGCGGAAAAGGAGAAGAGCCUCCUUACAGCGACCUCAGAAGCGGGCAAAGACUUCUUCAACAUGAAGCCGGAAUGGGAGAACUUGAACCAGACGGACGUGAGGCGUAUGCAUACAGCAAUGAGGCUCAAUGAGGUCAUCACGAAGAAGUCCAAAGAGGCAAAACUUGUCCUGCUCAACAUGCCGGGACCACCAAAGAACCGUGUGGGCGAAGAAAACUACAUGGAGUUUCUUGAGGUGCUCACUGAAGGUCUCAAUCGGGUACUCCUGGUGCGUGGAGGUGGACGCGAAGUCAUCACCAUCUACUCUUGAACUGCCUUCAUGAUCUCACAACAGUACAUACAUGGACUCUGCCCUCUCCUCCCUUCUGACACAUCCAUUCUGUCACCUGCCACCACACGUUGUACUCAAGAGUUUUCAGGUGAAAUACUAUGUAGACUCAGCUGAAUGAGGUUCCAGGUAACCUAUAGAGUACAUAGUACACAGAAUCGUGUACUCCAGUGAUUAACUUGAGUACAUAGUUGUUAUCACCCAGGUCAUUGUUCUUGACUCAUCAGGUCAAGAACAGUUCAACAGUUUUAGAGAAUUUAAUUACAAACACAAGAGACAACUGAAAGUUUUCCUGAUAAAGUAGAAGUUUGCCAAAUGUUAAAAUCAGCUUUGCAGUUUCAGUGCUUUCCCUUUGGCUUUAUGUCAUUGCUUUACCACUUCUAUUUAUUUUCUGUCAUGUAGUAUUGAUGUUAUGUAUAUAUUUAUUCACAUGACAAGUUGUGUGUCUUUUUUGUUUUUCUUUUUUUCUGUUUUUGUUCCUAGUGUGGUUAUAAGUAUUUAAAAAAACAGUGGGAUCAAAUUGAUUUGUGACAGACUCCUAAAAUUACGUCAUCAUCUCUGUGUUAUCCUUUGUUUUGUGACAUUAGAAGCACUAAAAUAGAUUAUUAAAUAAAUCAACAUUUCAUACAUUUUUAUUUCAGGUUUUUUUUCAUUGUGUGUUUCAGGGAAAAAAGAUUUUUAAAGAAAAUGAAAAGAUUUUAGAGAAGACUUAUAUUUAAAAAAAAAGAUUUAAAGAAAAUGUAAAAUAAAUGUAUUUAUUCAAAAAUAUAUUAAAACUGUGCAUUUUAUGUAAGACAAGUGCACAGAAAGGAAUAGUUUCACAUUUUGAAAAAUAGGCUUAUUGAUUUUUCUUAUCUUGAUGCUAAGCCUACAUAGUAGCCCGUAAGAAAAUAUAAUCUGUCCGACCACCUAAAGCCCGCUUAAUACAAUAAUUAUCCACUUUAUUUGGUACACAUGGCAGCAAUUUAAUGCAUUCAGGCAUAUAGACAUGAUUCUACGUCUACCCAGCAAAAGCUUAGUUGAUGCCAGGCUGAGAGUUGCAUGGCCAAACUGCUUCAAGCUGAUGUGGAGGCAACAGUAAAUCAAACAAUCUCUUUUUUUUACAACCAACAUAUGCUGAAGAGCAUCUCUAAAUGCGCACCACAUCAAACCUUGAAGGCAGUAGCAGACCACUCCUGGCAGCUAAGAAUAGGACACUGAGGCAACAAUUUAUACAGGGUCACAAAAGUUGGAUAAUACUGGAAAAAAAUUGCAUGUUCUGUUGAAUCUCAAUUUCUGCUUCAACGUUCAAGUGGUAGGGUCAAAAUUUGGCAUAAACAACAAGAAGGAAUGGUUUCAUCUUUCCUUGUGUUAAUGGUUCAGGCAGCUGGUGGUGCUGUUAUACAUUUUGGGCCCUUAAUAUCAUUGAACCCCACAGCCUACCUGAGUAUUGUUGCUGACCAUGUCCAUCCCAUUAUGACCACAGGGUACCCAUCCUCUAAUGGCCGCUUCCAACGGGAAGUUUAGAUCAUCUUAAACUGGUUUCUUGAAUAUGACAGUGAGCUCACUGCAUUCAGAAUCUCCUCACCAUUACCAGAUCUCAGAACACAUUUGGGAUUUGCUGGAGCAGAACAUUCAAAAUCUUUGAGGAACGUUCCUGGUGCCAUGCUACAUUUAUGCCACAAAAAAUUAAGGUGUCCAACCUGGUACCUCCCAGGUGUACCUAAUGAAGUGACUGCUGAUUGUAUUUAAUCCAUUUUGUAUGUAGUCAUUUGCCAGAUUUUAUGCUGGGAGCAGCAACUUUGUAGAGGCUGCUGUUGCACAAAAGUCUCUAAAAUACCAAACAAUGUUCAUCAUUAGUAUGCUGGGUUUUGUUACAUUCACAGAAGGCUGUUUGUUUGCUAGUAUUUACCAGACAACCAAGCUAGCAGACUAACUCUCUGUUGGCUUUAAUAAUUACCUGACAGACAGGAGAACAGCAUUGAUCUUCUUGUAGAUCUCAGUAAGAGACAACAAAUAAGAGCAGCUCCCAAAAUGCUAAAUGUAUGUUUAUCAAUUAAAUUUGCUAUUGUGCUUAUGCAGGCCAAAUGAAAACGUGAAGGAAAUAGCUGCUAUAUUAAAAAGGCAGAAAAUCUAGAGUGACAAAUAGAAGAUAUAUUGAGGAAUUGGAGAAGGUACAUGUUAAACUUUUAGUAUGACUUAGGCAUUAAAUAUCCUGACUAUCAGAAGAUGGGCUUUUUGUGUGUGACCAUGUAUAUAAAAUAUAUUUAACUUCUCUUUGAGUAUGCUUUAGUCAUUUUAAUUAUUUAAUGGCAUAGACAUGAAGUUUUUGGUAGAGCUUUUGACUUGUUAAACUCAAACAAUUUUGUAAAACUUUAGUAAGAUAGGGCCACUGCCCCAGAAUGUGCAUAGUUUAUAAUGUCAGUAUUGAAACAGUGUUUUCAGUAAUGAUAGUUCUUUUCUCCAAAUAUGUAUGUAGGCUAUACAGUACACAGAGAAUUUGAUAUUAGUUGAGUUCUUCCUCUUGACUUAAUGGUUUUGUACAGUAAUUUAUACACAAAGACAUAAAGAAAAUUAGCCUAAGGGUUUCAAAAAGUUGUUUUAGUUCUCCUCUGAUUUAUUGUAAAUAUGUUUUUGAUUCUGUAGCACAUCCAUAAAACCUCGUAAUUACUUUCUGUUUGGUUAAUAUUGAUGCAGUAUGACACUAAUAAAGUCAAUUAAAGUUUGAAAGUGAUUGCUUGGAGACAGGCCUGUGCAAUCGUGUAAUCAAAAGUGACAGUGACCACCCAGAAGUUGAGGGUUUUGCAAGUUCAACCUAUACGCAGCCACUUGGUCACUGCAACUAUUUGCAAUCAGUCGCUGAAAGUAAAAGUUCAAUGCAAUCACCGGGCAUCAAGCAACCAAGUGGGUGGUGUCCUAGUUUUACUUUAGUGCAACUGAUCAGUUACAACUUAACAUGCCCAGAGCCAGCACAUAAUGAAGACCACUCAUCUAAUUCAGUUUAGUUUCCCUGAGGAAUACCAUAAUAGGAAAUUCUUGCUGAGGACUGCAUGCUGCACAGCCAGUGAUUCUUGCUGAUGACAAUCCUCUCUGUGUGUAACAGCAGCAAUACAUUGUAGCCAGUCUGAGGUUAAAAUUGCACUCUGUUCCUGCUGACUAAGACUGAACAUUAGAUAUUUUGGAGUAAAUAUCUAACUAUCCAAAUUUCAAGGGAUGAUUAAUGCUCAACUUUCCUGACACCUAUAAUGUUUAACUCCCUAAAUAACUAAGCAUUUAAUAAUUACAUUUCGGGGAAUCUUUGAAACUUAACUUGAUUCUCUCUGUCCUCUCUCUGUGCAAAAGCAGCAGUAUAUUCAUUGAAGAUAUUUUGAGGUGAAACUUAAACUUGAUUAGUUUCUCUCCAUUAUAUGGUGGCUGUGUGCAUCCUAGUCUAGUGUACACAAGAUUUUUUUUUUUUUUUUGAAAGGUUUCAGCUUCAAGGGCUCUGUAGUACAGCCCUCAAUGUUUCCAAAACUGAAAAGUGUGAGUGCAAAACUAUAUAAUAACUAGCAAAAACAACAAAAAAAACUGAAGUUAUUUUUGAGGCAUAUUAUGGUUGCAGGUCACUGUGGGUGACUAUAGUAUGGAGAAAUUUAGAGUUAGAUUUUUAGAAGUUUCAUAGAUAGAGAGAGUGUGUAGCUGUGUGUGUAUUUGACACCUGUGUUUGUGUGUAGAGCAUGUUGAAGUGUGAGACAGCAACAUGAUGGGACAUUUGUAAUACACGUCUGUGAUUUUAGUUGUAGGGAUAACAACUGUCAUGUGUCUCAGUACCGGUUUUAUAGAUUUAUAGGUUUAAGGCACUUCAUUUUAUCUACCAUGUGCGCAAUCAUAUCAUGGUUUAAAGAAAACAUUUUGUAUGUAAAAACAAAAUCAAAUGUUGGCACAAGAUUAAA